AUUUCUACCAGUGACUCAGCUUCCUGUCACAUUUUCGUAGACUGACAAUGACCUAAGAAUCUCUAAGUCACGCUUACAUAGUUCUCCACCAUGUGGAUUUAGGGGAGAAAACGGUGUUCGGGCUCAAGUUUAUUUGUCUCCUGAUGUAUUCCUGUGAUCCCUAGAAAACUUUGUUCCAGAAAAUGGCAUUUUUGUGAUUCUUUGUUUUCUGUCGGAAGAAGCUUAUGGCUUUUUUUCUCCCUUCCUGUAGAGGGAAUCUGGAAACGUUGCCAGCAAAACCUCAGUUCUCUAAGAAAACGCCCGGGUAACAGAAAUUCUGGAUAACAGUGUUGUCACCUGUUCCCAAGUGGAAGGGUUUUCCAAAGUGCAUUUCAGGACAAGCCACCUUUUCCACUAGGAGUUCCGCCCUUAUGUUCUCGGUGACGGACUUGCCAGGGCUGGGUAGAAGAGGCACCCCUUCAAGUUGGUUUUUAUGCCUGCAGAUGAGUGGUUCCUAGAAAGAACAUAAAUAGCAAAUGCAACGACUGCAGUCUUCACACGUGUUGCCGUUUCCCCGUUUCUACCAGGGCAGACCAAGUCCAUCACCAUGAGCUGGAGCUUCCUGACCCGCUUGCUAGAGGAGAUCCACAACCACUCCACCUUUGUGGGGAAGAUCUGGCUCACCAUUCUGAUCGUCUUCCGGAUCGUCCUGACGGCUGUAGGGGGAGAGUCUAUCUACUACGACGAGCAAAGCAAAUUUGUGUGCAACACAGAACAGCCAGGCUGCGAGAACGUCUGCUACGAUGCUUUUGCACCCCUGUCCCAUGUGCGCUUCUGGGUGUUCCAGAUCAUCCUGGUGGCCACCCCCUCGGUGAUGUACCUGGGCUACGCCAUCCAUAAGAUUGCCAAAAUGGAGCAUGGGGAAGCGGACAAGAAGGCAGCGCGGAGCAAACCCUACGCCAUGCGGUGGAAACAACACCGGGCUCUGGAAGAAACAGAGGAGGACCACGAGGAGGACCCCAUGAUGUACCCAGAAAUGGAGUUGGAAAGUGAGAAAGAAAACAAGGAGCAGACCCAGCCUAAGCCCAAGCACGAUGGCCGCCGCCGGAUUCGGGAGGAUGGACUCAUGAAAAUCUAUGUGCUGCAGUUGUUGGCAAGGACCGUGUUUGAGGUGGGUUUUCUGAUAGGGCAGUAUUUUCUGUACGGCUUCCAAGUCCACCCCUUUUAUGUGUGCAGUAGACGUCCCUGCCCACAUAAAAUAGACUGCUUUAUUUCCAGACCUACCGAGAAGACCAUCUUCCUUCUGAUCAUGUAUGGUGUGACAGGCCUUUGCCUGCUACUUAACGUUUGGGAGAUGCUUCACUUAGGGUUUGGGACCAUUCGAGACUCACUAAACAGUAGAAGGAGGGAACUGGAAGAUCCGGGUGCUUAUAAUUAUCCUUUCACUUGGAAUACACCAUCUGCUCCCCCUGGCUAUAACGUUGCCGUCAAACCAGAUCAAAUCCAGUACACCGAGCUGUCCAACGCUAAGAUGGCCUACAAGCAAAACAAGGCCAACAUCGCCCAGGAGCAGCAGUACGGCAGCCACGAGGAGAGCCUGCCCGCAGACCUGGAGACUCUUCAGCGGGAGAUCAGAACGGCUCAGGAACGCUUGGAUCUUGCCAUUCAGGCCUACGCUCACCAAAACAACCCCCAUGGUCCCCGGGGGAAAAAAGCCAAAGCGGGGUCCAAAGCGGGGUCCAACAAAAGCAGUGCCAGCAGCAAGUCAGGGGAUGCAAAGACCUCCGUCUGGAUCUAGUCUCCGCUGGGCUGGAAUGCGUGCGUUUCACACUUGAUGGUAAGCAGCGGCUCGCUGAGCAGUGACUUCCAUUGAGUAAACACUUGGCUCUGGUUCUCUUCAGGGAUGCUGUUGGCUCAGGGGACUCCGGAGGCAGGACUGGGAUGCGGGUGGUGGGUGGAGAGGGAAACACAGUGUCCCCGGGCACAUGUCCUCAGCAAUAAUACAGUGGCGGAACUUUACACGUGUGUCCUCCAGAUCUGGAAAAGAACAGAUAUAUUUAAAUCAUCCGUUGAACAGUUUUUGUAUGUACAGUAUUAUGGUACAUUUUUUUUAAGUGUGAGAACUUUUUGUUUUUUGUAUUUGUACAUUGGACUGCUGUAGUUAUACUUUUAUAUUAAAGGGAAAAAAAUACACCCAACAGGUCAUGCCUAUUAGGCUAGUGUUAUUACUUUCUACUCUGGGUUUAGAGUUUUAGUAGAUGUUACACUUAAUACAAGUGCCUCCUGUGUUGCAGCAAAGGGUCCCGAUGUGUAAGGAGGGCGAGGAGGAAGAAUCUGCUUUUCUUCUUGGCAGGAAGGACCACAGGAGAAUGAGGUCGAGAUUGUCUUUCAUUUGUGAAAUCUUUGAAUCUCAAUCUUGUGCCGGGAGUUGUCUAGGUUGACAAUAGGUUUUGAUAACCUAUUCGUAUUUUCAAAGGAGAUAAACGAGUCACUGCAGGGUUUCUUUAAAUGUCAAGCAUUGCCAAUAUGUGCUUGGAUGGUGGAUAUGUAACUUGUGUUAUUAUAAGAAAUUGAUAACACAAAGUCUCCUCCCAGUCCCCUAAGCUGGUAGCAGUGUGAAGAGCCUCGGUAAAGUUGAUACUACACUUUCCCUCCCAGAGAAGAAAUCAGGCCUGGAGUAACAGCUUCCAGGAUUGGAGCCCUGAUGGGGAUGGUUAGGAGUAGUUGAGGGCCUGCUGGAUUCGCCUUAAGUCUCUUAUCCGGAAACCUCCUCUGGUUUCCCAAGCCUAUGAUGGAUAUUUCUUUUUAUAUGUUAACAUUAGAAAUGCCAAAAUUCCCUUGUAGGCUAAGAAUACUCAAAGCUGUUUGUAUUGCCAUGGCAGAAAGCCUAAGUCCAAAUUCCUUGUUUUUAAAGAAUCUACCGUGAAACUUUGUCUAGUGCCAGUGUGGGUUUCUGCUUGGAAGGCCAACCUGAUCUGGGAUCCUUCCUGUUAAUAGAGCCAAAGAGAGGGAUACCAUGUACUCCCUAUAGGCAUUUCUGUUUGUCACUGACGAAUUAGUAUUCACACGACCCUCCGGUUACUCAGUUGCCAUUUUCAAACUCAGUACGUUGGAAAGCCUUGCUCUGGACCGGGCUCAUAUAGACUCCCGCCGUGAGUGUCCGAGUAAAAGCUUGGUAAGACUUUAAAAAGGGGGCAUUUGUGCCACCAGGGAACAUUCCUUGGCGGGGAUCUCACUUACGUUCACCAGAGAGCUAUGUAGCCCAUCCCUAGCUUUGAAAU